AUGCAUUGCGCGCGCCUGCGCGCCGAGCUCCAAGGAUACCUGUCCAAGGUUGCGCCGAUACCCGACCUAUCGUUCAACCCUCCCGUACAGGAUGCCAAGGCCAUCAUCGCCCCGCACGCGGGCUACUCGUACUCUGGCCCCGCGGCGGCGUGGGCGUACGCUGCGAUUCCCACCGACAAGAUCAAGCGAGUGUUCCUGCUCGGGCCCAGCCACCAUGUCUACCUCUCUGGCAUUGCGCUGAGCGGGUUCGCUUCGUACGGCACGCCACUCGGGGACAUCCCACUUGAUCUUGAAACCAUCAAUGAGCUGCGCCGCACCAAGCUAUUCUCGGAGAUGAAGUCUAGCGUCGAUCAGGACGAGCACAGCCUCGAGCUGCACCUCCCUUACAUCCGCCAAGUGUUAAGCUCCAGCGAUGUCAAGCUCGUGCCACUGCUUGUGGGCCACCCACCCGCGAGUCAGACCGAGGCCAUCAGCGCCGCUCUUGCGAAGUACUGGGAUGAUCCCGAGACCUUCUUCAUCGUCAGCAGCGACUUCUGUCAUUGGGGAACGCGGUUUUCAUGCACGCCGUACUAUCCGCAGGCGCCCAACCCGCCCAACCCAGUCCCUCCAGUUGAGAGCAGCUCCGUACCCUUGUCCCAACCUCCCGAGAUGGUCAAGCGUUUCACGACUCCGGGGCCGACACCCAUCUGGAAGUCGAUCCAGUACAUGGAUCACGAAGGGAUGGACCUCCUCCGCAAGCCCGCCCUCGAGGGCGCCGUUGACGCAUGGGAGGACUACCUCGCGCGCACCAAGAACACGAUCUGUGGGCGCAAUCCCAUCACCGUGCUGCUUAACCUUCUGCAGUAUCGCUACGGCGGCAAGGCCGGGGCCAAGGACGUACACUUCAAUUUCGUGCGCUACGAGCAGAGCUCGCGCUGCAUGACAGGGCGUGACAGCAGCGUGAGCUACGUGAGCGGCGUCCUCCGCCCAGCCGCGUAG